AUGGAUACGUACGUGGAUGUAGUAAGAGUGCGGCGAGAAGUACAUGAUUCCACAAAUCCAUUGGUGUUUCUCGAUAUAAAAAUCGGUCCCGAAAGUGUUGGUCGAAUAUUAAUUGAGCUACGAGCUGAUGUUGUUCCAAAAACUGCGGAAAAUUUUCGAGCCAUGUGUACGGGUGAAAUGGGAAAGGCACCGGCUACCGGCACUCGUCUACAUUAUAAAGGCACAAAAUUUCACCGGAUCAAAUCGCUAUUUAUGUCGCAAGGCGGUGAUAUCGUAGAUAACUGUGGCACCGGUGGCGAAAGCAUCUACGGUAAAACGUUUGAAGACGAAAACUUUUCUUUGCUGCACGAAGAUGGUGCUGUUUCAAUGGCCAACCUUGGAAAACCUCACACCAACAACUCCCAGUUUUUCAUCACCUCUGGCGAGUGCCCACAUUUAAACGGACGGAAUGUUGUUGUUGGGUAUGUAAUACGCGGAUGUGCCGUCAUUGGCGAGAUGGAACGAUACGCUCCCAACUACACCGAUGUGAACGGAUCAGUCAUCAUUGAGGACUGUGGGCAGAUCGCACCUGGCGAAGACUGGUGCGUAAAUGAUACUGAUGAUGAAUUCGAUCGAUUGCCCCCGUUCCCACAGGAUUGGGAUAAAUUCUACGAUAUAUUUUCGAUUGAUGAAAUGCUACAGCAUUUGAAUCCGAUUCGUAACGCAGGAAACCGAUACUUUAAGGCGGGUGAUUUUAUAAGAGCAAACCGACGUUAUAAAAAGGCAGAGCGAUACUUUAAUUUCUUCAGCAACCAGGUUAAUAGGCAAAAGCCUCACGGCUGGUCGUUGAUGGAAAAUUUCCAGUUGCUAAACUGGCUCAAUCAGGCCAUCGUGUACGUACGGAUAAAAGACUACCGAAAUGCGGUGUAUGCCUGCAACGCUGCCCUAGCUAUUGAUCCGGACAACGCUAAAGCUCUUUACCGUCGCGGUAUAGCGCAGAAUGAAUUGCGGAAUUAUGAGCAGGCGCAAGUCGACCUGGCUCGGGCGUUGCAGCGAAAACCGGAUGAUCCACUGAUCAGGAGCGAGUACGACCUAGCACGGAAAAAUAUGCACGAGUUCAGGCAACAGCAACUACAGGUUUUCUCAAAAAUGUUCCAGUGACACGAUCUUCGAGUAGAAUUCGGCAGAUAAAAUGUUGCUUCUACAGGAUCGUUUGAUCUGCGGUGGAUGUGUUAGCUUACCUAUCUGUGUUGUAUGGCUGUCCGAUUGUGCGUGGUUUGUUUAUUGUUGAAAUUAACGUCGGAUCUGCUCCCAUUAGGGGCAAGUAGCUACUAAUAAUAAAUGUUUUAUAAGGCUUGUCCGU